AUUGUAGAGAAUAGAAGGCUAUUUUGGUAAUUUAGUACUCAUUAAAGUAUACUUCCAACUGCCGAAUAUCUAGAGAAUUGAUAGACGAGUGUUCAGCUCUCAACAUCGUUUACGUUGAAACAAAGAAAAAACCCCUUUUUGCUAAAAAAAAGAAAAAAUUUCCCGGGAAAAUCAUCAAGAGAAUCGAAUUUAGGGUACAGUGUUUCGAAUUAAUCAAAUCCGAAAAUGUCUCAGACUGGAAAAUUGAUGCCGAAUCUCGAUCAGCAGAGCACGAAGAUGCUUAAUCUCACUGUUCUCCAACGAAUUGAUCCUUUCAUAGAAGAGAUUUUGAUCACUGCUGCUCACGUCACCUUCUACGAAUUCAACAUCGAUACUAAUCAAUGGAGUCGAAAAGAUGUUGAAGGAUCUCUCUUUGUUGUUAAGAGGAAUACGCAACCUCGGUUCCAGUUCAUUGUAAUGAAUCGGCGUAACACAGAUAAUUUAGUGGAGAAUCUACUGGGAGAUUUUGAGUACGAAGUUCAAGUUCCGUAUUUGUUGUAUAGAAAUGCUGCACAAGAAGUUAAUGGCAUUUGGUUCUAUAGUCCACGUGAAUGUGAGGAUGUCGCAAACCUCUUUAGUAGAAUACUUAAUGCAUAUUCAAAAGUUCCUACAAAGCCAACAGUAUCUUCAAGCAAAAGUGAAUUUGAGGAACUAGAAGCUGUUCCUAGCAUGUCUGUAAUAGAAGGCCCCUUGGAACCACCACCAACUGCCUCUCGUGCUACCAAUACUCCUGAAGAUUCAUCAUUUGUCAACUUCUUUAGUGCUGCAAUGAAUCUUGGAACUAAUGCUCCAAAUGGCACAAAAUCCGUACAGCCUUACCAUUCUAUCUCAACCAACCCUCUGUCUUCUCAUGCACCACCUGCAGUCUCCACUCCUGCACCUGCUCCACCGGUGUCAUCCCUUCCUCCUUCUGCUUCACCUUCGCUUGAUUCAGUAAGUAGCAGCAACCGAGUAACCAAUCUUGUUAAGCCGUCUUCAUUUUUCACACCCCCUUCCUCAUCAUCAUCCUCAUUGAUGAUGCCACCUCUCUCUUCGUCAACUCCAACUGCUUCUGCUUUUCAUCCAGCCCUCAAUCUGCAACGUCCUUAUGGCACUCCAAUGCUUCAACCCUUUCCACCACCUAGUCCACCUGCAUCUCUUGCUCCUGGUGCACCACCUUCUUUGCACGAUGGACCUCUUAUUAGCAGGGAUAAGGUUCGCGAUGCACUACUAAUGCUUGUUCAGGACGAUCAAUUCAUUGAUAUGUUCUACCAAGCAUUGCAAAAGGUGCAUUGUUCCUAAGCACUCUAAAGUUGAUCCUCAAAGCCUCAUUUCAAUGUCCCAUGUGCCUGGUAUACUUUUAGUUCCUACAGUCAGGUAUCUCAACUUUGACACUUGGUUUGAUCUACGCUAAUCGUUAAUGGAGGACAAGUUGUGAAAACAUACUCUGUUGGCAUUCAAGCUUGUAUAGCUGGAGUUGAUGCAUAAAAUUAAAAUGUGACUCAAGUUUGAUGAAGUGUCAAAAAGGCUGUAGCCUAUAUAAAAAUAAACAAACUUCAGCAUGCAACAACAAAACUGAAUUCUUGGGGCUGAGAGAAGAGAGAGAAAAUAAAAAUCACCUUUAUUUGCUCCACCAAAGGCCACCUUUGUUCCAUCCAUGUCAACCGUUAUCCUUGCUUUCUCCGCAUACACCAUUUUCUCUCUACAACCUCGAUCUUGCUUUCAGGGGAGAGAUAUCCCUUGUUGUUGAUAUUCUGCUGAGUGUUUCUUUCUGAACCGUCUGAGAUGUGCAUAUUCUGUGGGUGGUGGGCUGCGGCAGCUUUGUGAGUGGAGGAUAAGGUGAAUAAUUACAACAUCAGUUUCGGUUUGGGAAUUUCUGGCAACCUUAUGGCUUGUGUUUUCUUGGACUCCAAUCUGCUAUGAUAUUUAGUUGAUCUAAUCAGUUAGAGAAGAUGGAAUGCCUAAUUCAGCAAAGUAAAAGUUUGAGGUGUGCAACGGACAUUGAAACAGAGUUUGAGGGUUAAUUUAGUGUUUAGUCUUAAAGCAGUAAUGGAUUUCCCCUUGCCAGAUUUCUUUGAUUGAUCAAUGAUUGUAAGAUUGAUUCUGUUUAUAGUGUGACCUUUCUGUCCUGUCAACUUAUGUGAGAAGCUGAUGCUGUCAGCUCUUUCUGUCUCUUGGAAGCAUUGGAAGUUUGGUUGAACAUCUUUGUAACUUUCUUUGGUGGAAUGCAAUAGUAGGAACAGAACUUUUCUUUUCUUUUCCUUUUCAAAUGUUUAAUAUGUAAGAUGUAAGCUAGUUGAUUGUUUAGGAUUCUGCUAGCAUUUGUCAAAAACUCUGUUAAUGUGACUUUACUGCCAAAAAAAAAAGUUACUGUUUAGCCACUUGAGAAAUAUAGCAAAAGCACCAUUUUUGUCUAAAUUAUGUCCUUGUAAUAUUUUCGCGGGGAAAGUGACCGAACCGGACACACCAUGUAGGGGAGAAAUUUUAAGUGUCAUGUCAUGGCAAUUGGUGAGGCUUGCUAAUACAUUGAUCUGAAACUAUAA